AUGUCGCGACGAGCAUCUCCUGAGCUUCCAGAAGAGCCCCCUACUUUGCCGCCGUUUAUUCCAACUAGACAGCAGCGGGCGCAAGGUAUUCAUGUACGCAAUGACGAUCAUCCUUUCGGAUAUCGUCAGGGAUCUUCAGCGGAUUUGUCGGCGGGCAGAGUGACCAGAUCGCAUGCUGGCCCAUCAUCUUUUGGCCCACAGAAUGCAGCAGCAAAUGCGGUGGAUAACCAGCCAUCAUCGGCCGAUACUGCAGAACGGAGUGCCUUGGUUCGUGGCAAUGCGCGCGGCGGGAUCUUCAAUCAGACGCCGGAACAGACGCACUGGCGUAAUGCCCAGCCGUCGUCUUCGUCUUCGAAUAGCAGCACGCCGCCAGCGAAGGUGAAUCCUCGCAUUCGGUUGGUUGGUGCCUUCGGCCUGUCGGAAACGAGCAGUGAAUCGGAGGGCGAAGAUGACGCAGUUACACCGCCGCAGCCAGCAGUGCGUCCGAUGCGUCCUGGUUUUGCACGACGCACAGGAGUUCCAGAGCGUCCGAUUCGACGCAACCGUCAACCACAAUUGAACGCUGUGGGUCUGGGACGAGUCGAUUCCGAAACGGAGCCGUCAUCAGUUGACACGGUCAUUCAGAAAUUUCCGGAUUUAGCCGUUGCUAAAGAAUUCGAUGAAGCAGCUAUCACAGAAGCCCAUCACCCUGGCAUUGACAAGGAUGAUUUAUCCGAAAAGCAAGCGGAUAUUAAAGCGGCCGUAGAAAAAGCUGCUGAAUCGGAUAGCGGAAAUACGGGAGAAUCAAGCAGUGAAACUGACAGUGACAAGUCCGAUACGGAAGAUAACACCGAACGCGAGAGCGGCAGUACUACGGACAACAGUACUGCAUCGGAAAUGAGUGUGGAGACAAAGGCAGAAUGGCACCGUGUGCAACAAGUUCAAGCAGAGCGGAAAGUGCGCUUCAACCUUAUCGGAAGUAUUAAGCGAAAGCACGACGAGAUGGAGGCUGAAGACGGAAAAGUCAACGGUGAACAGCCAGCCAAUACAGCUGUCAGCAUGUACCAGCCAGAGCCAGCUGCUGCUACUCUCGUCAGCCUGGAAGAAGAAAAAGACCAUGAAACGGGAACGGAUACUGAAAAUGAGCGCGAGAUUUUCGCGGAUGCGCUCAUAACUUAUUCUGAUGAUGACGAUACGUCAAUGCCAGAUUUCGAGCACCCUCCUAUCGUCCCUAAGAAGACGGCAGCGGAAAUCGCCAUGGAAAAUGCGACCUUUGACGAGUUAGUCGCGGUACUCAAUGCGGAUGAAUCGGAUAAUGUUGAUGAAACGGCUGAUAUUACGGAACAGCCAGAGAGUGCCGAAUCAACAGUCCAGGAAGCUGACGAACAGUCGGAAACGGAAGAACAGCAGCCGCUGAAAAUCGUCGAGCAAGCGGAAGAAGAAAUUCCAGCUGUUAAGGAAGCUGUACCUGAUCCAGCUCCAGCGGAAUUGCUAACGUAG